AUGCCAAACACAAAAGAGAAGCUAAGCACAGAAUUCUUAAGAUAUGCAGUAAGUACGGGAGUAUUUGGCAUGGGAAUGUCACUAGGUGUUCAGUCUCCUGCCGCGCUUAUGAACAUCCAUUCAGCAAGAAUCUUUUUAACCAUCCAGGAUGUGAAAGAGCAGUGGACGUACUCUGGAAUGGACCUUCCUAGAACACUUACAUCGGUGGGGAGCGUGCUAUCUUCCUCUGUUAUUCUUGUAUCUGGGUACUCUCGAGCAGCCCGUGUCACUGAAAGCGCAUAUCUUGCCAUGGAGGCAUUCUGUAAGAUAGAGCAGUGGGUAAAUAUUUGGAAGGUAAAACGGGCCCAGUCUGUGCCGAGCAAUCAGCUUAUGACUAUUUAUUCAAAGGCCUCCUUCUCCGCAGUUAUUUCAGUUGUAGAGCUCCUCUCUUUCAUGUUUUCUAUAUGGCCGGUUUAUUUCUUAGCAAAUGUAUUGAAAGGAAGCCAUUUCCUAUACACUACUUUAUAUGCACUGUUUAAAAAUAGCAGCCAGAAUUCUGGCACAGGAAAAAAGAAAAUAGACAUGCUUAUCAGUGCGUGUUUUAAGCAAUAA